AUGUCAGUCCUAGCUGGUAGGAGAGACUAAAACUCUGAGCAACUGAAGUUUCCUUAUUCAGUUGAAGAUUGCUAUGGUGUAACUGAAGUUGUAUUUUGCCUCGCCCCCUAAUCCACUUUCCACCUCCCACCCUUGUUCUCUUAAGAACAUAGUGUAGAUUUGGUAGAAAUAGUAGUACCUUCUUCCCCCACCCCAAACUGCUACCUGUUUCUUCCUUGCUCUGGACUGUCUGAACCUCUAGAAGACCUCACAGCAAUGCUGGACUGCAGUGACUAUGUUCUAGACUCAAGAAUGAACAAUCCGUCAGAAACCAGUAAACCAUCUAUGGAGAGUGGAGAUGGCAACACAGGCACACAAACCAAUGGUCUGGACUUUCAGAAGCAGCCUGUGCCCGUCGGAGGAGCCAUCUCAACAGCCCAGGCCCAGGCUUUCCUUGGACAUCUCCAUCAGGUCCAGCUCGCUGGAACAAGUUUACAGGCUGCUGCUCAGUCUUUAAAUGUACAGUCUAAAUCUAACGAAGAGUCGGGGGACUCACAGCAGCCGAGCCAGCCUUCCCAGCAGCCGUCAGUGCAGGCGGCCAUCCCCCAGACCCAGCUGAUGCUGGCUGGAGGACAGAUAACUGGGCUCACGUUGACGCCGGCGCAGCAACAGUUACUGCUCCAGCAGGCCCAGGCCCAGGCCCAGCUGCUGGCCGCCGCCGUGCAGCAACACUCGGCCAGCCAACAGCACAGCGCUGCCGGGGCCACCAUCUCCGCCUCUGCCGCCACGCCCAUGACGCAGAUCCCCCUGUCACAGCCCAUCCAGAUCGCGCAGGAUCUGCAGCAACUGCAGCAGCUUCAGCAGCAGAAUCUCAACCUGCAGCAGUUCGUGCUGGUGCAUCCGACCGCCAACCUGCAGCCCGCGCAGUUCAUCAUCUCCCAGACGCCCCAGGGCCAGCAGGGUCUCCUGCAAGCGCAAAAUCUUUUAACGCAACUACCUCAGCAAAGCCAAGCCAACCUCCUACAGUCACAGCCAAGCAUCACCCUCACCUCCCAGCCAGCAACCCCGACGCGCACGAUAGCAGCCACUCCGAUCCAGGCACUCCCCCAGAGCCAGUCGACACCAAAGCGAAUCGAUACCCCCAGCCUGGAGGAGCCCAGUGACCUUGAGGAGCUUGAGCAGUUUGCCAAGACCUUCAAACAAAGACGAAUCAAACUUGGAUUCACUCAGGGUGAUGUUGGGCUCGCUAUGGGUAAACUGUAUGGAAAUGACUUCAGCCAAACGACCAUCUCUCGCUUUGAAGCCUUGAACCUCAGCUUUAAGAACAUGUGCAAGCUAAAGCCACUCUUGGAGAAGUGGCUAAAUGAUGCAGAGAACCUCUCAUCUGAUUCAGGUCUCUCCAGCCCAAGUGCCCUGAAUUCUCCAGGGCUGGGAAUGGAAGGCUUGAACCGCAGGAGGAAGAAACGCACCAGCAUAGAGACCAACAUCCGUGUGGCCUUAGAGAAGAGUUUCUUGGAGAAUCAAAAGCCUACCUCGGAAGAGAUCACCAUGAUUGCUGAUCAGCUCAGUAUGGAAAAGGAAGUGAUUCGUGUUUGGUUUUGUAACCGUCGCCAGAAAGAAAAAAGAAUCAACCCACCAAGCAGUGGUGGAACCAGCAGUUCACCUAUCAAAGCAAUUUUCCCCAGUCCGACCUCACUGGUGGCAACCACACCAAGCCUUGUGACGAGCAGCGCGGCCACGACCCUCACGGUCAAUCCAGUCCUCCCGCUGACCAGCGCGGCGGUGACGAGCCUCUCUGUUACAGGUAACGUGACAGGCAGCACGGACAGCACGCCCAGCAGCACCGCCACCGUCAUCGCCGCCGCGCCGCCCGCCGCCGCCGCCGCCGCCGCCGCCUCUCCCGCGCUGAGUCCCUCCCCGUCGGCCUCGGCCUCCACCUCCGAGGCGUCCAGCGCCAGCGAGACCAGCACGACCCAGACCACCUCCACGUUGUCCUCGCCCCUCGGGACCAGCCAGGUGAUGGUGACCGCGUCUGGGCUGCAGACGGCGGCCGCCGCCGCCCUCCAGGGAGCCGCCCCGCUCCCGGCCAACGCCAGCCUCGCCGCCAUGGCCGCGGCCGCCGGCCUCAGCCCGGGCCUCAUGGCGCCCUCGCAGUUCGCAGCUGGAGGUGCCUUACUCAGCCUCAACCCAGGGACCCUGGGCGGCGCCCUCAGCCCGGCCCUCAUGAGCAACAGCACACUGGCGACCAUUCAAGCUCUUGCCUCUGGUGGCUCCCUUCCAAUAACGUCACUGGAUGCCACUGGGAACCUGGUCUUUGCUAAUGCAGGCGGAGCCCCCAACAUCGUGACUGCCCCCCUGUUCCUGAACCCUCAGAACCUCUCUCUGCUCACCAGCAACCCCGUGAGCUUGGUCUCUGCCGCCGCAGCCUCCGCAGGGAACUCUGGACCUGUAGCCAGCCUUCACGCCACCUCCACCUCCACGGAGUCCAUCCAGAACUCUCUCUUCACAGUGGCCUCCGCCAGCGGGGCCGCCGCCGCCACCACCACCACCGCCUCCAAGGCACAGUGAGCCGGCUGGGCUGCACGGGGCUGCCACCAGCCUUGUCCACUCGCGGCACGAUGGGCUGCCGGCCAGGCUGAGACUGAAAAAUGUGAUUGGCUUCCUCUUGCCAUGUUUCCGCAGCAAGGGAGAGGAGGGAGAGGAGGAGAAAAACGCAUACCAGAAACAAAGGAUGGAGAAAGGACAACAUUUGCCUAAUUUUGUAAUAAAACACUGUCUUUUCAGGAUUGCUUCAUGGAUUGGAGAACUUUCUAACCAAAAAGUUUAAAAAAAAAAAAAAAAGCAGAAACAAAAAAUCAAAAACAAACAAACAAAAAAAGAAGUGAAAGGACUACUUACCAUUUCCAGCAGUCAUGAUGACAAGUUAAGGUGGGUUACCAAUUCCAAUAUAGGAAGGGGAUUUCUUGUUUGUCUAAAUUUCUUUUUUUCUUAAAAAAAAAUCAUUUUUAUGGGUCUGUUGUACAGGCCAUUAAGUCAUAACAAGGUGUUUAUAAUCGUAUCAAUUGUGUUGGGGGUUCCUUUCUUAACUGGUACAAUUUAGGCAGGCCUGUAUUACUGUAUCUCUAUUAUUAUUGUUGUUGUUGUUAUUGUUUUUUAUAUAUAUAUAUAUAGUUUGGACAUGUUUAUCUCUUGCUCCUGGAUCCUAUUUCAGUGAGCUCCCACACUGUGGGGAGGGUGGGUUUGGGGGUAAGGGAGACUUACGUUCUUAACUGCGGGGAAUGUUCUUGCUGGUUUCCUUAUCCUUGAUGACUCUUACAGAGGUGCUAGAAAAUUAUUUUCUUUUGCCACUUAUGCAAGAGGCUUGGUGCAGAAGCUGAAGGCAGUGUGUGCAAACACGCCCACUCCACACAUGCCCCCCCCCCCCCCCGUCAGGUGGUGCCUUCGGAGCACUUUUGUGUAGGAAGGAAUUCCUGCUGAACUGUAGCUCUCACUCACCCCAGAUCACUGAAUGACCCUGAGGCCCAGGUCCUGCGGCGCACGGGUGCUGCUUCCGCGACUUCCCGUGGGGACGGCCGUGCGCGGCAGGGCAGGAUCUGGGCCCAAAGCGCAAAGACUACUGCAGACCCCUGACUGGGCGGUUCUCCUGAUUUCUUAUCUCCUGAAAAAUGCUCCUACUGUUGGUGUGUUGGUUUGUGUGUUUCCAUUUCAUGGAAGCUUUUCAUCCAAACUUC